CUUCAAAUUUGACACAAAAACAAAGGAAAGAAAAUUCUUGUUUACCAAAAAAUUUGUAUAUAAAAAUGCAUUUGCGUGACGAUAGUGUCUCCUGAUGAUGUGAGUUGCAGUCAAAUCAAAAUCAUUUCAUUUUGGAGUUCACUUCUCAUAUUUUCUUUCAAUUCAUUGGAGAGUGUCUCUGUGUGCCACUGAACUACCUCAGUGUGUGAUUGUGUGUUCUGAAUCAAAAGCAAAGUUACUUUCUUUCUCUCGAAAGAACAACACCCACAACACAAGACAGAGAAAGAGUGAGAGUGAGAGUGAGAGUGAUUCAAACCCCAGAAAACAAAACGGGUGAUUACUUGAUAAAGAAGAGAGCCGUUGAGGCUUGGAAGAGAACCGUUCAACUCCGACCCUUAGGAAUCAUGGCGAGGAAGAUGCCCUGUGCCCUUCAAGAGAUAGGUAAUGAUAGUCCAAAAGUUUCAGAAGCAAGAAAGGAUUCCUUAUCAACCGUAUAUCAACAACAAAAUAAAUUCAAUUCUUUGGAGGUUUGUCAAGAAUCUUCUCUUUCAAGGAUUAACUCUGAUAGUAGGUGUGCCAUCAUUUCAUGCUAUAACCUUGAGCCUGAUGGAAUCUGGAAAAUUGUUGCCCAAUUUGUGCAGUGUCACAAUCACAUUAACUUAGCUUCUGGUGUAAAUAUGGAUGGUCUGCAACUUCUUUACCUUCCAUCUCUUAAUAGUUUGAAGAUUGAUCAAUGUAAGGGGUCCAGAGGGCCUGUUCCUCCUUAUGCUUCUUCAGUGAAAUCAUGUUCGAAAAAAGGCUUUACUGGUUCAAAUGUGCGUCGUCGAUGUCAAAAUAAGAUUGCUAGCAGAGCUUCUAAACUGAAUGAACUACCUGAGAAUUCUUGUUCACAGAGUUGUAGCCCUGUCUUGUUCUCUGACAGUUCUUCUGCAGUUAAUUCCUCUGAUAAAUAUAAGAGUGAAUCCAAGGAAGACAAGUCUUUGAAGAAAAAUUCAAGAAAAAGGACAAGAAAGAAAGUUAGACAGAGUAAGAAGAAGUCAAGUGACAGUGGCUCUCCGGAACAAGAAGUUCUUGCUGAGGAAUAUGUCUCUGCAAGUUUGGCUUCUGAAACCUGCAGCAGCAAUGAUGCGGAUAAGGAGGUUGGGCUGAUGUAUACAACUGCACCAGACUUUUCUUCUUCAGAUGAUAGAUUAAUAAAAACUGAUUAUGAAAAAAGUGAGGUGAAUGACAGCAUCACUGCUAUGGAAGCAUCUAGUAGUUUCAACUCUUAUCUUGAUGAGGCAGUGAUGUCCAAAGCUAGUGCACCUAUUGUUCAAAGUUCUGCAGGAGAUUGUGCCACAUUUGAGUCCAUGAAUCAGCUCCAGGCUGGGGGCUGUGAUUUUGCAGUCAUUGAUAGAGAAGUAAAGGACAUCCAACAUAUUGAUCCUUGCUGUUUUAAUGAUAUACAAGACUCUUUGGUAUUGGAUUCAGUUUCCAUUAGUUCAAAAAGUGAUCAAAGUACCAAUGCUGAUGAUAUAGGAAAACGAUCCAACGAUAUAAGCUGCAGAAUCACUUCAGAUUCAGGAGAUGGGUACUUUCUUAGUCAAAACUUAACGAACAAUGUUCACAAUAACUCUGAACAUAAUGAGGAGAUUAGGCAUGAUGGUCAAAGUUGCAUCAGUAAUGAUAAGAGAGUUAAGCAAAAAAGAACAAUGUCGAAGAGUUCAAGUUCCAACAAGUUUGGGGGUGUUGGAAAUUUGCAUGGUCGAACAGGGAAGGAAAACAGUCAUUCUGUCUGGCAAAAAGUUCAGAAGAACAGUUCUGAUGAAUGUGUUGGUGAUUUGAAGAAAGUGAACACUAGUCUAUCACAGUUUUCUUCCACCAUGGAAAAGGAUCCUUCAGUUAUCAGAGACUCUAGCUCUGUCAGUGUAAAUGUGGUAUCAAAAACUGAGGAUAAAAAACAGUCAAAAAAUAAAGUUGGUAGGAAAUCAAAAGGUAAAACGAGCUCAGUUUCAAAAAAAGGACACUGCAAUUAUUCUAGGAAGGGUUCCCAUUUUAACAGGUCUCUGUUGAAUGGUCAUGGGAAGGUUAGUGUUCAGCAGAAUGAUAUGUUGCAUAUCUCAUCUCAGGAAAUCAAUCAACAAGGAUUGAACACUGUCUCAGGAUUCAAUUCUGAUAUUAAUUGCCUGAUGGAUGGGGUCCAGACCAAUGGAGGAGUUGAUCAAGAAACAUCUAAAAUAGUUCACAGUGCUGGAUUCCAUCCAGAGAAGUUAAAUCCUCAAAAAAAUGCUUGCCAUACUAUUGCAAACAUGAAGGAUGAAAAUAUUGACAUUCAAGAUAGUUUAUUGGUAAUGCAAUGUGAGAACAAUCAAUCGGAUACGUCUGAGGAGCAAUCUCUAGUGUCCUCUAGUCUUUUAGGUGAUGAAGUUGGUCAAACUAAGAAAGAAGAAUCUUCCGCAGACUACAUUGCCCCAAACCACAGUUCUGGAUCUACCCUAUGGAAAUGGAUACCGAUUGGGAGAAAGAAUACAGGGUUGGAAAUUUCUGAAUCUAAUAGUUCAUCACAAGAAUACUCUGAUGCACCCACUUGUAAUAAUUUUAACUUGGAAAGCAGUGUUGAACCAAAAUUGGCCUCCUUUUCUGAAAAUCAGGAUUCUUCACUAAAUGCAAGCAGAAAAUGCAUUAGUCAGAUUAAUGACAAAGUUUCUUGUCCUGAUGAGGAUGAGAAUCAUAAAAUGGGUAGUCAGGUUGCAUGUACAUUGACAGAGCACAAGGACAAGCUUGAAGUAGCUAAUUGCAUGGGUGAUGAACGUGAAAAUAAAGAUAUGUUAGAAAAUGAGUCAUACAGAAUAGCUCAAGCUGUGAAUGAUGUUUGUAGGGCACAAAUAUCUUGUGAAGCUGUACAUAUGGCUACAGGUUUUCCAGUUGCAGAGUUUGAAAAACUACUUCAUUUUUGUAGUCCUGUUAUUUGUGAAUCACUAGAUUCACUCGGUUGUUCAACAUGCUCCCACGACCAUGCUGGUGGUGUCUCACUGUGCAGACAUGAGAUUCCUGACCUACCUUUGGGCUGCCUGUGGCAGUGGUAUGAGAAACAUGGGAGCUAUGGGUUAGAGAUAUGGGCUCAGGAUUGUGAAAAUCUGAAGAGACAAGGAGGUGUUGGUUAUUUUCCAUUUCGUGGCUAUUUUGUCCCUUCUUUAUCAGCAGUUCAGCUGUUUAAGAACCACGAAAAUCAAAGUCUAAAUAGCAAUGACAAGAUUCCAUAUUGUGAGGUUUCAGAGGCAUGUGAUAUGGUUGACUCAGAAAACUCGUCUUCUGGCAAUCAACAUUCAAUAUUUUCUGUUCUCAUUCCCCAGCCUCGCAAUCAGGAUGCAUACAUUCAAACACCAAAGAAGAUGCUUUCUAUCAAUGAUGCAUCUAAUCCACCUAUCAACUCAGCAUGCCCUCGUGGUUUAGAACUUCUUUUUGAAUAUUUUGAAUUUGAACAACCUCAACAAAGACGGCCUCUAUAUGAGAUGAUACAAGAACUGGUUAGAGGCAAUAUAACAAUCCGGUCUACAACUUAUGGGGACCCAACUAUGCUGGACUCAGUAAACCUACGGGACCUUCACCCUAGAUCUUGGUACUCAGUAGCAUGGUAUCCUAUUUACCGAAUACCAGAUGGCAACUUUCGUGCAGCCUUUUUGACUUACCAUUCACUUGGACAUUUGGUACACAGAAGUACAAGUUCUGGUUUUUCAACCAUAGAUUCUUGCACUGUAUCUCCAGUUGUGGGUCUUCAAAGUUACAAUGCCCAGGGUGAAUGCUGGUUCCAGCUGAAUCAUUCUGCUCUGGCAGCACAAGGGCUGGGCUUAAACCCUUCUUUAGUUCUCCAAGAGCGUUUGAGGACACUUGAGGAAACAGCAUCUCUAAUGGCAAGAGCUGUUGUCAACAAGGGAAACCUAAACUGUACUAACAGACAUCCUGAUUAUGAGUUUUUCUUGUCUCGGCGACGGUAUUGAUAUCUCAAAAUUUUCAUCAUGAACAAUUCUAAGUAGACCAACUAGUUUUUCAAAUAAUUUUGGCUACAUCCAGAUAGGAUAUAUUGUCUCAAAUAGGAUCCGAGUGUGAUUGAUUGUAUUCGGUUGUACAUAGCUUUGUGCAGUACCAAUUUUUGUCUUUACAUUCUACCUUUCAAUUUUAGCUCACUUUUGUUUCUUGCUAGAGUGAAAAAUAAAGAAUAUGCAGUGGUGAUAUGAAAGAUUAGCAGCUAUUCUGGAAUUUUUCCCUACAGUUCAGUUUAUGAUUCUCAAAAUUUUCACCAUGAAUAUUUCUACAGUGAAUGCUGCCAUUUUUGCAUUCAGACUAGAUUACUUGUAUUCCAUCCAUACUUUCCAG